AUGGACCGCUCGUCGCCAUCAUACCACCAUCCUCUGGCUCAGAUGCCAACUGACCAGCGGGAGCACGAGCAACAUCGACUUUUGGUACAAACGGUGCCGCCGCUCAAGAACUGGGCAGAUUUCACAUCUAACCUGGUGCCGGAAUCCAUGAUCCCCCUUCACCAGGCGAGGUGUAGUGACCCGUGGGGCGCCACUGGGCUGGAGCCCUACGAAUUCAGUACCUCUUCCCUUGCACGCGCCCUGGUGCCUGAAAGCACGUAUCUCCCGCCAUUCUACACUGCCCCUCACGCCAACAUGUCGUCCCUGAUCGCUUCAUCUGCUAGCGUGGAAUCAUUACGCCCGCGCAUGCCGAGACACCGUGAGCAGGAUGAUCUCAUGGACUGGCAAACAGCACCGGCCACAGCUUCCUUUGUACAUCAGGAACACUUCCAUCCCCCGCCAUCCCACGGGAAUAUUUCCGAACGAUCUAUGCAUCCAAUGCGCGCAACGCCUCCAUCACCACCGAUCUCCAUCUCCUCGGAUCAUUCUCCCUCUCGCUCUCAUAACAGCAUGAGUCCUGCUGCAACUAUGCCUGUGAGGGAUAGCACCUCACCGGGCAUUAGCCUCGGGGAUACGAGCGACCAAGAACCCAAUAGCGGGCCUCCGUACUCCCGUCUGAUCUGGGAAGCUCUCAUGUCCACUGAGGAAAAGAUGCUUCCCCUCCAAGGCAUCUACCAGUGGUUUGGACGAAACACCACCAAGGGAAGGAAUGAGACCUCAAAGGGCUGGCAAAACAGCAUUCGACACAAUCUAUCUAUGAACGCCGGAUUCGAGGCCAUCAAGGUCGAGGUCCCGGGCAAGAAAGCCAUGAACUACUGGCGCUUGACCGGGGAAGCAAUCCGCAACGGCGGCGUUCAAUCGACGACUAGGUAUCGCAAGUUGAGCGGCAAGAAGGUCAUCAGCUCAGAUCCCCUCGAUCACCGCCGUCCGCGACCCGGGUCUAAGGGUGGCUCGAAAAAUGCGGCUAAGGGAUGCCAUGGCCCCCCAGGCGAGCAGCCCCGGUUACCGCCCCAGUACGAGCGUCCUCUUCCCAUCCGGCCUCACCUGCAUCGUCCGCCGUUCGAGACCAACCAUCCUCCCUCCUUCCCACCCAUGCCGCACUAUGGAGUGCCGCCGCACAUACCGAACAGCCUGCCCCAACUGCCGUGUGAAACCUGCUACCAGUUCGACUUCGGUAACGUGAUUGGCACCACCGGCCAUCCCCCCAAUGAUAACGCGCUGUUCGGCGUGACUGCAGAAGGAGAGCCCGACUGCGCUGCAUUCGUGGGGUCUCUCGGAUGGUACCCCCUGGGGCUCGAUCACGGGCUGAUGACAGGCCCUCCCGAAGGGGUAUCCGAUUAG